AUGUUUUUUUCCUGUUUCCCCCUCAUAAAGGAGAGUGCUAGCGCCAAAGUCCAGAAGAAGGACAACAGCUGUGACUUGUUGGGCGGUGCAUGCAAAAGGUCCUGCCGCGCCGCCCUCCCUGAAGGCCAGUGCCCAGGGCAGCAAGUGUGCUGUAGCCAGCGCAGGGCGGCGGCGAAGGAUGGCAAUGGAAACAAUCAAGCAGGCCGGGUUGAGAAGAAAAGAGCUAAUAAGAAGACACUUAGACAACAGAAAGAGAGAGGCAACACAAGGAAGAAUGCAAAUGAUAAAAAGGUAAAAAAUGAUAAGCCGGAAUCCAACAAAAAAAGAAUUUCUAACCAAAAGCAAACCAAGGAACAAAAUAAGGUGAAGAAAAAUGAACACAAUUCACAAAAAAGUCAGAAAAAAGUCGAAGAAAAACAACAGCAGCAAAAUAGAAAAACAAAGAAGGAGAGAAUGAAUCGGAAACAAAAAGAUCAAAAGAAAUCCAAGGGAAAUAACAACGAGGAGAAGGAGACAGUAAACGGAAAAAAGGUAACGAAAGGGAAGCCAUCGAACACAAAAGACCAGAGGAAGGAGCCACAAGGAAGGAAGGUUGCGCAAAAAGAUACCAACGGAGAAAAGCGCAAAUGCAGGAAGACUCUUCAGGAAUGCAAAGACCAGGGGGGUAAAUGCGUCGAAACGGGAACGUGUACGACUCAGACCCUCCAAGGCGGCUGCAAGGGCUUCUCGUGCGAGUGCUGUCUUCUUGCUACAGACUGUUCUACAAAAACAAAGAAAAGGUGCGAGAAAUAUGACGGGACCUGCAAACCCUCGUGUGCAGAGGGGGAACGGGUCAUCGAAAAGGGCUGCAAAGGAAAAAAAUGCAAAUGCUGUGCCAAAGCCUGCACACCAACAAAGAAGUGCAAAGGCGGCUUCUGCGUUCAGAAGGCACAAGACUGCAAUGGCAAACUUCUCAAGUCGGGAUGCAAAGGGAAGAAAUGCUUCUGCUGCCUCCCCUCCCCCUGCGUGCCGAAGAAGAAAUGCAAGGGCGGUUUCUGCGUCUCGAAGAAGAAAGAGUGCAGAGGAGGCCAGUUCCUGAAGAAGGGAUGCAAGGGUAAGAAGUGCUCAUGCUGUAUCCCUACAUGCGUGAAGAAAAAGAAGUGUAAGGACGGAUUCUGCGUUUCCAACAAGCAAGACUGCAAGGGCGACAUAGUGAGUAAUGGCUGCGAGUCUAAGCCCAAAGGGGGAGAAUGCUACUGCUGCGUUGAAGGGACUACUACCCCAUCAGGAGGAACUACACCAGCUGGGGAUACUACACCAGCUGGUGGAACAACUCCAGCAGGAGGAACUACACCAGCAGGAGGAACACAACACAGCAGGAGGAACUACUCCAGAAGGAGGAACUACACCAGCAGGAGGAACUACUCCGGAGCAGAAGGAACUACCCCGGCAGGGGGAACUACGCCAGCAGGAGGAAACACAACAGAAAACGGAACUACUCCGGCAGGAGGAACUACUCCAGCAGGAGGAAACAGGAGGAACUAA